CAAAGAGAGACAUUGUCAGGCACAUGAAGAGCCACUUCUGAAGUGUGUCUGCCUACAGUAGUUAUAUUGACCAGGUUGUUAGCAGCAGCUGAGGGAAAGGCAAGUGAAGGAGAGGUGAAAGUAAUCAUGUCAGAUAAAGAAGAAAGGUUUGCCUGUCAGUGUUGACAUAGAAAAAAUUAACAAACCUAAAGACUCUUGGCUUUCUCAAGUCAUGCAGGACCAUUUCAUGUCCAAAUUGUCUGCCUAUCCAUGUACCAAAGCUGUCCAUGUGUUUUGUGAUGGGUCUGUUAAUGGCAGCAAGACUGGCUAUGUAUUAUUUAUGAAGAGUAUACCUCCCCCUCUGAAUACACUGACCCUGAGGUUUCCAAGAGGCUUCCUGAACAUUUGUCUUCCACAAGGAUAGAACUCUCUCAACGCCAUUCUUGAGGCCCUCUGUAUUACUGUGGCCCUAGGGAAAACUGUGUAGCCUACCUGUUUGUUGACAGCCAGUGUGCCUUGUAGGCACUCCUGUCUUCCUCUCCCUCUAACUGUGACAUAGUCAGUAUGUGCCUCAGUGCCCUUAGCCUGCUGGAGCACAGUGGUGCUAAUGCACACUUCAUCUGGGUGCCCUCACAUGUUGGGCUGCCCCAUAAUGAUAAAGCAGACCUAUAUACUCGUCUUGCCUCAUGACCUUACUGUACAGCCAGGUGUUGAGCACACUUAUGUUAAGAGUAGACUUAUAUCUCUUGUUAGUGAGUCUGUCACCUCUCAGCUUGCCUUGUGCUGUCAGGAUGGCAGUGCCUCCAGCAUUCACUAUGCCCAGGUAUGGAGUCUCUGUACCCACACUUAUGGCAGGCACAGUGCAUCCUAUGGUCUUGUGGUGAUGUGUCUGAGGCUGGGCUAUAGGUGUUACUGGGAGGUCAGUGGGGCUGCCCCUGCACCUUGCAGUUUGUGUGCCAAGCCAGGGGGUCACACGCUCCAUCAUUAUGUCCCUCUAAUAGCUGUAUCUGCUCACAGGGCCACUGGGACCUGCCUGAGCUGGUUCAUUAACAAUAAUGUUCUUUCGUGUAUUGUAAAGAGAGCAUCCUACAUUUGCCCCUAGAUUGUAGUUCUUCUGGGUGCAGUCCCUUGUGUCUGCCCCCUUGAUCUCGCCAUGGCUACUAUUUAUUCUAACGCAGCACUUGUUCCCUACCAUUAUACCUGUUUAGGUCCAUGGUGCUGCCAACGCAUGUGUCAAGAGUUGUACAAUCACACUGUGUACUUCCUGGGGGCCUUCUCCUUUGUUGUGUACCUUUGCAACAAUAAACCAACAAUCAGUCCGUCCAUCUCCAUCCUAAAUUGACCUUUUGACCACGCAUUUCUGCUUUCUUUGUAGGAGCAGUGUUUGGCAGACUUGUGUCUACAUAUUCAUUUAGCUCUUGUAGAAUCUUUUAUGGGCCUUGAGCCGCUUUCUGUACUGUAAAAAGAAAAAGAAAAGAAAAAUACAACAGUGGAAGCAAACAAAAGGGCAGAAAAGAGAAAUGCGAGAAGAGAUCAAAGUAGCUAGGCUGAAGUGAAGUAAAUAAAGGAAAAGAAUGUCUAGGCCAGUGUAGGGCAAAGUGUACAAGUGUGAAGAAGAACCAAGGAGGACCUGAAAAGUGACAGACCAAAGGGAGAUGAAGGAACAGUCAAAAGGAGAAGGAACAGUCAAAAGGAGAAGGAACAGUCAAAAGGAGAAGGAACAGUCAAAAUGAGAAGGAACAGUCAAAAGGAGAAGGAACAGUCAAAAGGAGAAGGAACAGUCAAGAGGAGAGGGAACAGUCCAAAGGAGAAGGAACAGUCAAAAGGAGAAGGAACAGUCAAAAGGAGAAGGAACAGUCAAGAGGAGAGGGAACAGUCAAAAGGAGAAGGAAUAGUCAAAAGGAGAAGGAACAGUCAAAAGGAGAGGGAACAGUGAAAAGAAGAAGGAACAGUCAAAAGGAGAAGGAACAGUCAAAAGAAGAAGAAAGUAAAAAAGAGAAGGAACAGUCAAAAGGAGAAGGAACAGUCAAAAGAAGAAGGAACAAUCAAAAGGAGAAGGAACAGUCAAAAGGAGAAGGAACAGUCAAAAGGAGAGGGAACAGUCAAAAGGAGAAGGAACAGUCAAAAGGAGAAGAAACAUUCAAAAGGAGAGGGAACAGUCAAAAGGAGAAGGGACAGUCAAAAGGAGAAGGAACAGUCAAAAGGAGAGGGAACAGUCAAAAGAAGAAGGAACAGUCAAAAGGUGAAGGAACAGUCAAAAGAAGAAGGAAGUAAAAAAGAGAACGAACAGUCAAAAGGAGAAGGAACAGUCAAAAGAAGAAGGAAGUCAAAAAGAGAAGGAACAGUCAAAAGGAGAAGGAACAAUCAAAAGAAGAAGGAACUGUCAAAAAGAGAACGAACCGUCAAAAUGAGAAGGAACAGUCAAAAGGAGAAGGAACAGUCAAAAGAAGAAGGAACCGUCAAAAAGAGAAGGAACAGUCAAAAGGAGAAGGAACAGUCAAAAGGAGAAGGAACCGUCAAAGGAGAAGGAAUCUUCAAAAAGGGAAGGAACAGUCAAAAGGAGAAGGAACAGUCAAAAGGAGAGGAAACAGUCAAAAGGAGAAGGAACAGUCAAAAGGAGAAGGAACAGUCAAAAGGAGAAGGAACAGUCAAAAGGAGAAGGAACAGUCAAAAAGAGAAGGAAUCUUCAAAAGGAGAGGGAACAGUCAAAAGGAGAAGGAAUAGUGAAAAGAAGAAGGAACAGUCAAAAAGAGAAGGAACCGUCAAAAGGGGAAGGAACAAGUAAAGAGAAGAAGGAACAGUCAAAAGGAGAAGGAACAAGUGAAGAGAAGAAGGAACAGUCAAAAGGAGAAGGAACAGUCAAAAGGAGAAGGAACCAUCAAAAGCAGAAAACAGUCAAAAGGAGAAGGAACGUCAAAAGGAGAAGGAACAGUCAAAAGGAGAAGGAACAGUCAAAAGAAGAAGGAACAGUCAAAAGGAGAAGGAACAGUCAAAAGAAGAAGGAAGUCAAAAAGAGAAGGAACAGUCAAAAGGAGAAGGAACAGUGAAAAGGAGAAGAAACCGUCAAAAGGAGAAGGAACCGUCAAAAGCAGAAGAAACAGUCAAAAGGAGAGGGAACAGUGAAAAGGAGAAGAAACAGUCAAAAGGAGAAGGAACAGUCAAAAGGAGAACAGUCAAAAGGAGAAGGAACAGUCAAAAGGAGAAGGAACAGUCAAAAGGAGAAGGAACAGUCAAGAGGAGAGGGAAGAGUCAAAAGGAGAAGGAACAGUCAAAAGGAGAAGGAACAGUCAAAAGGAAAAGGAACAGUCAUAAGGAGAGGGAACAGUCAAAAGGAGAAGGAACAGUCAAAAGGAGAAGGAACAGUCAAAAGGAGAAGGAACUGUCAAGAGCAGAAGGAGCAGUCAAAAGGAGAAAGAACCGUCAAAAGGAGAAGGGACCAUCAAAAGGAGAAGGAACAGUCAAAAGGAGAAGGAACAGUCAAAAGGAGAAGGAACAACUCAAGAGAAGAAGCAACAGUCAGAAGAAGAAGGAACAGUCAAAGAUAGAAAUAACAGUCAAAAGGAGGAGGAUCACUCAAAAAGAGAAGGAACAGUCAAAAAGAGAAGGAACAGUCAAAAGGAGAAAAAACAGUCAAAAGGAGAAGGAACAGUCAAAAGGAGAAGGAACAGUCAAAAAGAGAAGGAACAGUCAAAAGGAGAAAGAACAGUCAAAAGGAGAAGGAACAGUCAAAAGGAGAAGGAACAGUCAAAAGAAGGAACAGUCAAAAGGAGAAGGAACAGUCAAAAGGAGAAGGAACAGUCAAAAGGAGUAGGAACAGAGAAGGAACAGUCAAAAGGAGAAGGAACAGUCAAAAAGAGAAGAAACAGUCAAAAGGAGAGGGAACAGUCAAAAGAGAAGGAACAGUCAAAAAGAGAAUGAACAGUCAAAAGGAGAAGGAACAGUCAAAAAGAGAAGGAACAGUCAAAAGAAGAAGGAAGUCAAAAAGAGAAGGAACAGUGAAAAGGAGAAGGAACAGUCAAAAGGAGAAGGAACAGUCAAAAGAAGGAACAGUCAAAAGGAGAAAGAACAGUCAAAAGGAGAAGGAACAGUCAAAAGGAGAAGGAACAGUCAAAAAGAGAAGGAACAGUCAAAAGGAAAAGGAACAGUCAAAAGGAGAAGGAACCGUCAGAAGGAGAGGGAACAGUCAAAAGGAGAAGGAACUGUCAAAAGGAGAAGGAACCGUCAAAAGGAGAGGGAACAGUCAAAAGGAGAAAGAACAGUCAAAGGGAGAAGGAACAGUCAAAAGGAGAAGGAACAGUCAAAAGGAGAGGGAACAGUCAAAAGGAGAAGGAACAGUCAAAAGGAGAAGGAACAGUCAAAAGGAGAGGGAAAAGUCAAAAGGAGAAGGAACAGUCAAAAGGAGAAGAAACAUUCAAAAGGAGAGGGAACAGUCAAAAGGAGAAGGGACAGUCAAAAGGAGAAGGAACAGUCAAAAGGAGAGGGAACAGUCAAAAGAAGAAGGAACAGUCAAAAGGAGAAGGAACAGUCAAAAGAAGAAGGAAGUCAAAAAGAGAAGGGACAGUCAAAAGGAGAAGGAACAGUCAAAAGGAGAAGGAACAGUCAAAAGAAGAAGGAAGUCAAAAAGAGAAGGAACAGUCAAAAGGAGAAGGAACAAUCAAAAGAAGAAGGAACUGUCAAAAAGAGAACGAACUGUCAAAACGAGAAGGAGAAGGAACAGUCAAAAGAAGAAGGAACCGUCAAAAAGAGAAGGAACAGUCAAAAGGAGAAGGAACAGUCAAAAGGAGAAGGAACCUUCAAAAAGAGAAGGAACAGUCAAAAGGAGAAGGAACAGUCAAUAGGAGAAGGAACAGUCAAAAGGAGAGGAAACAGUCAAAAGGAGAAGGAACAGUCAAAAGGAGAAGGAACAGUCAAAAGGAGAAGGAACAGUCAAAAGGAGAAGGAACAGUCAAAAAGAGAAGGAACCAUCAAAAGGGGAAGGAACAAGUGAAGAGAAGAAGGAACAGUCAAAAGGAGAAGGAACAGUCAAAAGGAGAAGGAACAAGUGAAGAGAAGAAGGAACAGUCAAAAGUAGAAGGAACAGUCAAAAGGAGAAGGAACAGUCAAAAAGAGAAGGAACCAUCAAAAGCAGAAGGAACAGUCAAAAGGAGAAGGAACGUCAAAAGGAGAAGGAACAGUCAAAAGAAGAAGGAACAGUCAAAAGGAGAAGGAACAGUCAAAAGAAGAAGGAAGCCAAAAAGAGAAGGAACAGUCAAAAGGAGAAGGAACAGUGAAAAGGAGAAGAAACCGUCAAAAGGAGAAGGAACCGUCAAAAGCAGAAGGAACAGUCAAAAGGAGAGGGAACAGUCAAAAGGAGAAGAAACAGUCAAAAGGAGAAGGAACAGUCAAAAGGAGAAAGAACAGUCAAAAGGAGAAGGAACAGUCAAAGGGAGAAGGAACAGUCAAAAGGAGAAAGAACAGUCAAAAGGAGAGGGAAGAGUCAAAAGGAGAAGGAACAGUCAAAAGGAGAAGGAACAGGCAAAAGGAAAAGGAACAGUCAUAAGGAGAGGGAACAGUCAAAAGGAGAAGGAACAGUCAAAAGGCGAAGGAACAGUCAAAAGGAGAAGGAACCGUCAAAAGCAGAAGGAACAGUCAAAAGGAGAAGGAACCGUCAAAAGGAGAAGGGACCAUCAAAAGGAGAAGGAACAGUCAAAAGGAGAAAGAACAGUCAAAAGGAGAAGGAACAACUCAAGAGAAGAAGCAACAGUCAGAAGAAGAAGGAAUAGUCAAAGAGAGAAAUAACAGUCAAAAGGAGAAGGAUCACUCAAAAGGAGAAGGAACAGUCAAAAAGAGAAGGAACAGUCAAAAGGAGAAAGAACAGUCAAAAGGAGAAGGAACAGUCAAAAAGAGAAGGAACAGUCAAAAGGAGAAAGAACAGUCAAAAGGAGAAGGAACAGUCAAAAGGAGAAGGAACAGUCAAAAGGAGAAGGAACAGUAAAAAGGAGAAGGAACAGUCAAAAGGAGAAGGAACAGUCAAAAGGAGUAGGAACAGAGAAGGAACAGUCAAAAGGAGAAGGAACAGUCAAAAGGAGUAGGAACAGAGAAGGAACAGUCAAAAGGAGAAGGAACAGUCAAAAAGAGAAGAAACAGUCAAAAGGAGAGGGAACAGUUAAAAGAGAAGGAACAGUCAAAAAGAGAAGAAACAGUCAAAAGGAGAAGGAACAGUCAAAAAGAGAAGGAACAGUCAAAAGAAGAAGGAAGUCAAAAAGAGAAGGAACAGUCAAAAAGAGAAGGAACAGUCAAAAGGAGAAGGAACAGUCAAAAGAAGGAACUGUCAAAAGGAGAAGGAACAGUCAAAAGGAGAAGGAACAGUCAAAAGGAGAAGGAACAGUCAAAAAGAGAAGGAACAGUCAAAAGGAGAAGGAACAGUUAAAAGGAGAAGGAACCGUCAGAAGGAGAGGGAAGUCAAAAGGAGAAGGAACAGUCAAAAGGAGAAGGAACCGUCAAAAGGAGAGGGAACAGUCAAAAGGAGAAAGAACAGUCAAAGGGAGAAGGAACAGUCAAAAGGAGAAGGAACAGUCAAAAGGAGAGGGAACAGUCAAAAGAAGGAAAAGUCAAAAGGAGAAG